AUGACGAGUGUGCGGGCGUGCUUUGGCCCCCACGUCUUUGACGACGAGCAUGUAUCGAAGAAGCAUGCCGAGUACGACGCAAGUGGACCGUACCACCACUCAGUGAUUGAGGGUCUGAUUGACGAGGAUCUCUUGCGUCGCGCACGUACGGAGAUUGUAGACGAGCUGCACUUUACGGAAAAAGAAACGGAUAUUUACAAGGUGAACCAGACGGGCGAUCUGGCCAACCUGGAUGGCCUGCCGGAAGAAGAAGCCAAGCGUCUUCAAGCGCUGUUGCAGGUGCGCAAUGCCCUGUACUCUGACGAGUUCCGUGCGUGGGUCCGUCGUGUGACGGGAUGUGGUCCGCUGAGUGCGACAAAGAAGGACAUGAGCAUCAAUGACUACCGCCAUGGGUGCCACCUGCUGAAUCACGAUGAUGUGAUUUCGACACGCCGUGUCUCGUACAUCCUCUACCUGCCAGACCCUGACGAGCCGUGGCAGCCUGAAUGGGGCGGUGCGUUGGAACUGUACCCCGUGAAGGAGGCGCAUGUCCCGGACGAUGUGCCGUCGCUUAUUGUGCCGCCCAAGUGGAAUCAGUUUACGUUCUUUGUUGUGCAGCCGGGUCACUCGUUCCACAGUGUCGAGGAAGUGGUGCAUCCGACCAAGUCGCGUCUCAGUCUUUCUGGCUGGUUCCACCGAUUGCAGCCGGAAGAGCCGGGUUUCUCCCCCGAGGAGGAAGAGACCGAAGUGGCCGCCGAGAAGAACUUCAGCUCGGUGGGCAGCAUUACCAACAAGAAAUUCAAUGCCCUGUUUGCCGACUACGACGAAGCGACGUAUGGUCCUCCGCCGCUGCCUGGCUCGUCCAUGGCAUCGGAGCAUGUGCGUUUCCUCGCACACUUUUUGAAUCCUGCGUACCUCACGAGCAAGAUUCAGUCGACGCUCUUCCAAAAGUUCGGCGACGAGUCGCAUCUCCUGCUCUCCGACUUUUUGCGGCAGGAUGUGGCGGACGAAGUGGAGCGCGCCUUGCGGGCGAAGGAUGAAGAAGAUGGGCUGGUAUGGUGGCACCAAAGCAGCGAGCGUGUAGGCUUCGAUUCUGUGCGUAUUCAGCCGCAUGCGGUAGGCACGGCACGUAGCGCCUCAGUGAGCGAGGAAGAUGCUCGUUGGAAGCUGUACGGCCCACCGCACCGUGAGCGUUUCGCGACGCUCACCACGGCAGUGACGCCCGCGACUGCGCCGGCGAUCGACUAUACCACGAAGGCGUCGCCGUUGGCGCCCAUGCCCUCAAGUCCGUCGUCGAUCUUGGAAGUGCUGACGCACCAGCUCUUCCCCUCGGCGGCGUUCCGUCACUUUAUCGCCAACAUUACGCAGCUGAUUCCUAUGGCCGCACGUCCUAUUCUUGUGCGUCGUUUCCGUCCUGGACUGGACUAUACACUUGCUCGCUCAGACGAUGAGACGGUGCUGGAUCUCACGCUGACUCUCACGCCGGACGUGUUAAGCAGUGCCAAGAAGGUCGUGAAGCACACGGCGCGCCCCAAGGGCCUGGCCGGCAAGCGCAAAGCGCCGGCGAUGGACAGCGUGUCGAAGGGUGUCCUGAGCAAAGCCGAUUACGACAAGCUGGAUGCGAUGUGGGAGAGUGGCGAUAUCGGUGGCUGGGAGUGCUACCUGGCGCCGCAUGAGGGCGAAGAGGAUCCGGCCGUGUACACAAGCGCCGCUUCGCGUCGUGCGCAGCGCGACAUGCAGGCGGAAGAAUCCGCAGAUGCGGACGCGGAGGAGGCGGAGGCAGCCAAUGGCGACGACGACGAAGCGAUGGACGAGGACGAGGACGAGGACGAGGACGAGGACUUUGACGGCGUGCUGCUGAAUGUGACGCCUGCCUUCAACACGCUGAACCUUGUGCUGCGUGACGAAGGUGUGAUGCGCUUCGUCAAGUACCUUGGCGCUAGUGCUGGCGGAAGCCGUUGGGACAUUGCGGCGGAGUACACUGUUGGCGCUGCGGAGAUGGAGGAGGACGAGGACGAAGAGGAGACGGCCUAA